AUGGGUUCGGUUCCAAUGAGAGUGUAUUUCUCAGUGAAAGCUGAUGCAAAGUUCAAGAGACUUGCAUUCUAUGGAGAAAUAGUUGGUUUCGUUGUAGUGUUACUCUGGAGUUGUUCUUUCGGAUGGCUCCUCGCUUUUGAAGUAGCACUCCUCCUUAUCGUUAACAUCAAUGGAGUUUACUUUCUACGAUACAUGAACCUAAAAGCUCGUAUUAGAACUGCAACAACUCUGGAAUCUGAGAAAAUUGAAGCCAAUGAUGGCACUGAAGUAGUGGAAGAGAACAAGCAAUCAGAGUCAGCCAACCAUAAUCAACGUUUCUCCGCCAACGAAAUCAAUCUCGCAACAAGACUCAGCGAAGCCAAAUUUCGAAUGAAAGAGCUUCAAGAUCAAUGUCAUGAGCACAAGAAGGAAAAAGAAAAUCUAAUCACGACCCUCAAUCGAGCAACCAAGUCUCUAUACAAUUUCUCCAAGGAUCUUACAAGAUUGAGAGAAGAAAACAUUGAUUUAGUUGCCAAACUCUCCGCGACAGACUCGUGGUACCAAUUUCAGGUCCAAACUACAUUAGACUACGAGAACCGUAACGCCAUUCUUGAGCAGGAGAACAAGAAAUUACAGGAGAAACUCAACGAGAUGAAAUCUUCGUACGAGUUGUUCAACGAGGUAAAAUCGUCGUAUGAGUUCUACAGAACCUGUUAUAGAGAUACAGAGGAGGACUAUAUGAACUUAAUGGAAGAGAAAAUUGAACUAUCUUCUAUAAUGGCUGCGAAAACAGAAUUUUUCGAUAAGACCUUGCAGGAGUUGGCAGACAAUUGUAGGGUUCUUGAGGAGGAGAAUUCUGAGGCUCAUAAAAAGAUGCUCAUUGCAAGAAUGUCUUCUGGGAUGGUGAAUGCGUUAGAAGAGAAAUGUAUGAGAUUGGAGCAAGAGAAAGCUGAACUGAAGUGCGAGAUUUUGGACGCUAAAGUCGAUGUCGCGGUUGUGAAUGAGUUGGAAGAGAAGUGUAGGAGGUUGGAGGAAGAGAAGACAGAGCUUAUGUGUGAGAAUUCUGCAGCAAAAGUUGGUGUUGCGGCUUUGAAAGAGUUGGAAGAGAAGUGUAAGAGAUUGGAGCAAGAGAAGACAGAGCUCAUGAGCGAGGUCACUGCUGCUAAAGUUGCUGCUGAGAUAUACCAAUCCUAUUUGCAUGAUCUUGAUGGGGAUGAUUUAGUAAUUGUAGGUUAA